AUGGAAAAUGAAACUCUGGCGAAACAAGAAAUAAAGGAUUCACUUAGGCUUAGUAAUACUAUUUUAAAACUUCUUGGUUUUACGUUAGAUAAACCAGCAACUGUAUCUGAUGCUGUGGUUCAAAAAUUGUUAUUUAUUGCCACCAUUGUUAUCAUCACUAUUCACGUUCUUAGUGAAUUGGCGUGUCUUUAUGUUACAUUCAUAACUACGCCACAGGUUGAUCAAGUAGUUCCUUUACUUCACAUCGUUGGUUAUGGGACAUUGGGUAUAUUAAAAUUCACUGUACUAUGUUCUAAAAGAAAAGUGUUUGCGCAAUUAUUGAGUGACCUGGCUACAAUAUGGCCUGUACCGCCUCUUGAGAAGGAAGCUCAGGGUUUAAAGAAUAGAAAUUUGCGGACCCUUCGUCUUAUGCACAGCUGGUAUUUCGCUUUAAAUGAAUCUGGCACACUAUUUUACAUUAUAACUCCUAUAGGUUUAUACAUAUACUACCAUAUACGCGGACAAGCUUAUGCCAUAAAGACAGUUUGGAGAUCUUGGUAUCCCUUCAACAUAUAUCAACAAGAAUGGAUUCAUGUCUUAAUUUACAUCUUCGAGAUUUUCUCUGGACAAUCAUGCGUAUGGGCGAUGAUCGGUUCUGACCUUUUGUUUACUGGAAUGGUCAACCACAUUAUUUUAUUAUUAAAAAUUCUACAACAACGCCUCAGAAAUCUAGGCAGAACUAAAAGCUCUAGUGAAGAGGAUGGCAAGAAACUUGUUGAAUGUAUCAAACUACAUCAAAGGCUGAUUAAAUACUGCAAAGAUUUAGAAAAUGCCUUUUCCCUCGUCAACCUUAUUAACAUUUGUCUAAGCUCUGUUAACAUCUGUUGCGUUCUUUUUGUAAUAGUGUUAAUAGAACCGAGAUUAGGACUGAGCAACAAAUUGUUUUUUGGUGCGUCCCUCAUUCAAAUUGGUUUAAUUUGUUGGUAUGGUGAAGAUUUAAUACAAGAGAAUGCGAAUAUAGCUGAAGCAGCUUAUAACAGCAACUGGUAUAACCUUAAUCUCUCAUCAAGACGGAGGUUGGCAUUUCUAAUACAGAGAGCUCAAAAGCCGAUAGCUUUUACUGCAAUGGGUUUCACCAAUAUUUCACUUGUUACGUAUUCUGCGAUUCUUACAAGAUCAUAUUCGUAUUUCACUCUACUUUAUACAAUGUAUAGUGAAGGUUAA